AUGGAAAUCAACCUGAUCAAUAUCCUGAACUUUAUCUUUUAUGUCAUCAACAUUAUCAUCACCUACGGUAUCGGAAAUGCCGGCUGGGCGAACACUCCAGACAAUGGUGAACUCUCCGAGAAGUAUCAGACGCUGAUUACACCCAAUGGGUCGGCCUUCUCCAUUUGGGGAUUGAUUUUCGUUGCCGAAGGAAUCUUUGCCGUUGCCCAACUGUUCCCCAAGUUCAGCAAUGAAAAGAUGGUUAUGGAAGGUGUCAAAUACUGGUGGGUUUUGGCAUGCAUCUUUCAAUGCGGCUGGACUAUUGCCUUUGCAUUUGAAGUCAUCUGGUUGUCCCUUGUAUUCAUGCUUUUAAUCUGGAGUUCUUUGGCAGCCCUUCUCUACUCUCAAUACUACACCGAAUCCAAGGGAACACUUUUGGAAUUCUGGCUACUCCGAUUCCCUUUUGCCGUCCACUGUGGAUGGUUGACUGCUGCUUCGGCCUUGAACGUCAAUGUUGUGGUCGUGGAUAUUGAUCAACCUGCUGAUAUCCAGUUGGCCUGUGGAAUCAUUUCCUUGGCUGUGCUCCACGCCAUUUCGGUUUGGGUCGUCUUUGGAUUGCAAAAGCCCAACUACACCAUCGCCGUAGUCUUGGCUUGGGCCAAUUACUUUAUCUACGUCGAACUCGAAGAACCCAAGCAAACACUCUUGGAUAGUGGAUUCUCCUCUGACACUCUAUCGGGAGUUCGUUACGCCGCUGUCGCCGUUUCUUGUAUCAUCCUACUGCAAAUUGUCAUUCGUAUACCAACUGAUAUCUACGCAAGAAAAUUCAAAAAGCAAGAACCACAACAAUCUGAUGAGGUCACCAACAAAAAGGACGAGAAACAAGAAGGUGCUCCAGUUGGUGAUGAUGUCUAA